UUCACACACUGCACUUUGACGUGCAGCUCAAACGGCCUCGUCCGUCGAUUGGAUCACAACAAAGUCCACCAGCCAUGCGACGCUCGCACCAGUGUGCCACUGCACUACCCAGACAUGAGUCAAGGCUACGGUCUACCCAACAUGUCGAAUGUAGCCUUCUUCAGUAGCGACGAUCCCAUCGUCAAGUUUUGGCCCAAUGCGUUGCAACCGGUGGUGCCGUCGGUGGCCCACCACAGCCAAGACUCGUACCCAGCGCCGUUGACCGACGCUGCUACUGAUGUAGGGGGGUGCUAUCAACCAGGGUUGAAGGAGAGGUCCUCGUCGAGGAAGUCCAGGAGGGUCGCUGAGGCUGCCGGUGGGACGGCGGGGGACUUGUAAUCGUGUAGGGAGUCAAAACUGGCGGAGGCGUCCGCAUUUUGAUAGGAAGUCCGCGGCUUGGUUGCCGUCCCGGGGGCGAUGGAUCCACGUACAGUGGAACUGAGACGCCAGGGUGCGAGCCUUGCAUCUUGGUCGUGUUGUAUUGCGGGAAGGCUAGUCGUAUCUUUAAUAAUGAUUGAUCUAGGUAUGGACGGACGCACCGGGCAAUUUGGUGGCUACGCGCAUGUUGCAAAACGAUUUGGAUUUGAUUGUGAUUGUGCGCCACACAUUGUCGUCCGUUCGCUAACCUCCAAUGACGAACGUAACGACCGACUCAACAACGAGUAAAUGGUGAAAGUGACGUACGAGGACGUCUAGGGUUCCACCCUCGGAAUAAAUAUACGUGCAUGUGAAAGGGG